AUGUUGUCUAGAGCUAUUGGAAGGUCGUUGCAUACGCCAGCAUUAAGAAAUAGCUUUACGAAUAUCCGGAUAGCCUCAUCAACAUCAUGGACUCGAUCAAUGGCGAGUCAUCGCCGCCAACCCAAGAAACCUACAGAUUAUAAUAGACCCCCAGGUACGCCAAAACCAUCAGGUCCAGGUGGGGCACAAGCUGCGUUUACUUCAUCCAAGCCAGGACCGAGUAGUGAUAAAUCUGGCAAGCCGGACUUUUCCAAGGCUCAAGAUGAAGUGAGCAAGGGCGCUUCUCCGCAGAGAAAUACUGUACCAAAGUCAAAUGGGGGAGGCGCUGGCGUACCAAACCCAGAUGCAAGGAAAGGCGAAAGCCCAGAGUUCUCUGGCAAACAAGAUGAAUUCGAGACAGUCGCUGUCGACCCCGCACAAGCAGAAAUCGAAAACCAACCUUUACCAGAUCUCACCCAAGGCAUUCCUUCGACUUUGGAUUUCGAAUUGGCCAAUAGAAAGUCGAAGAAUUCGCCAUUAAAUCUUACAGAAGCAGCGGAUCCUGAAGAAGCUCCUAGUGCUGGGGGUAAGGGCCGCGGGGAAUUACCAGCAUCUGCGUAUAUCUCUUCGACGGAAAGGAAGAGAAAUCAGAUGGCCAACUACAUGUAUCUUGCCUUUGUCGUAUUCGCGAUCACUGGUACGGUAUACUUGGGUAGGAAUUGGGAUACCGAAGAAGAAGAAAAACUGCACUCGGCAACUGCUCCAUCUGGCUGGUCACUGACUGGCAUGUGGAAUCGUGUAAGAGCUCGAACCGGUGAUCAACUAGGCCACUACACUGAGCCAGCUUUCACAAAGUUGUUGCCCGACCCAGAUCCUAUGUUUGAGCGACCUUAUACAUUAGUUUUGAGUAUGGAGGAUCUUUUAAUUCAUAGUGAGUGGACUAGAGAACAUGGUUGGCGAUUGGCGAAAAGACCUGGUGUGGAUUAUUUCUUGAGAUAUUUAAGUCAAUAUUAUGAGUUGGUCAUAUUUACUACUCAACCAUCCGCUCUGGCAGAGCCAGUCAUCCGAAAAUUCGAUCCUUAUCAUAUCAUUACAUGGCCACUUUUCAGAGAGGCAACACUUUAUGAGAAUGGACAAUAUAUCAAGGACCUUUCAUACCUCAACCGCGACCUCUCAAAAGUUAUAUUAGUCGAUACCAAAGCACACCACGCCAAGAAACAACCAGAAAACGCAAUACUUCUCAAACCUUGGGAGGGCAACGUCCAAGACAAAGAACUCGUCUCUUUAAUCCCAUUCCUCGAAUACAUUCCUACAAUGCAAUACGGCGAUGUGCGCAAAGCCAUCAAAUCAUUUGAAGGCACACAUAUCCCCACCGAAUUUGCCAAACGUGAAGCAACAGCAAGAAAGAAGUUCCAAGACCAACUCGCGGAAGAACGAAAGAAACAUAGUAAGAGAGGCGGCGGCGUUGGUUUGCUAGGAAGUGCAUUGGGCAUCAAGCCGGGUGGAAUGAUGAUGACAGAUCCCAAUGAGCAAAGUCUGGCAGAGGCGCUUUCUCAAGGAAAGAUGUUGCAAGAUUUAGCGAGAGAAAGAGGGCAGAAGAAUUACGAGGCCUUUGAUAAAGAAAUCAGGGAAAAUGGUGCAAAAUGGUUGAAGGAAGAGGCGGCUAUGGAGGAAAUGGCUAAGGAGGAGGGAUUAAAGGCUAUGAAGAGUGGAAUGUCAGGUGGUUGGUUCGGAGGUUCUUCGUCGUAA